GGAAUGUUGGAAAGCCCUUAGCAUGAAUUACAUCUUCAGCAUGAUCAGAUUCAUACUGGACAGAAACCUUAUGAAUGUAAUGAAUGUAGAAAAACCUUUAGCCUGAAACAAAACUUCACAGAGCGUAAGAAAAUGCAUACCGGCGAGAAAUCACAUGAAUGUACUGAAUGUGGUAAAGUGUUCACUCGAGUCUCAUCCCUUACUCUCCAUUUGAGAAGUCACACAGGAAAGAAAUCAUAUAAAUGUAAUAAAAAAUGCGGAAAAGCCUUCAGCCAGAAGGGAAGCUUCCUUUCUCAUCAGAAACAUCAUACUGGAGAGAAACCUUAUGAAUGUGAGAAAGCUUCUAUUCAGAUGCCAACCCUCAUUACACACCAGAAUAAUCAUACAGGAAACAAACCUUAUGCAUGUAAGGAAUGUGGGAAGGCCUUUAAUGGCAAAUCAUAUCUCACUGAGCAUGAGAAAAUUCAUACUGGAGAGAAACCAUUUGAAUGUAAUCAGUGUGGAAGAGCCUUCAGCCAGAAGCAAUACCUCAUUAAACAUCAGAACAUCCAUAGUGGAAAGAAACCUUUUAAAUGUAAUGAGUGUGGGAAAGCCUUUAGCCAGAAGGAAAACCUCAUUAUCCAUCAGAGAAUCCAUACUGGAGAGAAACCUUAUGAAUGUAAGGGGUGUGGGAAAGCUUUUAUUCAGAAGUCAAGCCUCAUUAGACACCAGAGAAGUCAUACUGGAGAGAAACCCUAUACCUGUAAGGAAUGUGGGAAAGCCUUCAGUGGUAAAUCAAAUCUCACUGAGCAUGAGAAAAUUCAUAUUGGAGAGAAACCCUAUAAAUGUAAUGAAUGUGGAACAAUCUUCAGGCAAAAACAAUACCUCAUUAAACAUCACAACAUUCAUACAGGAGAGAAACCCUAUGAAUGUAAUAAAUGUGGAAAAGCCUUUUCUCGGAUCACUUCACUUAUUGUACAUGUGAGAAUUCAUACAGGUGAUAAGCCUUAUGAAUGUAAGGUAUGUGGGAAAGCCUUCUGUCAAAGCUCAUCUCUUACUGUGCACAUGAGAAGCCAUACAGGUGAGAAACCCUAUGGUUGUAAUGAAUGUGGGAAAGCCUUUUCUCAGUUCUCAACUCUUGCUCUGCAUAUGAGAAUCCACACUGGUGAAAAACCUUAUCAGUGUAGUGAAUGUGGGAAAGCUUUCAGCCAAAAGUCACAUCACAUUAGACACCAGAGAAUUCAUACUCAUUAAAGCUCUAUGAAUGCCUUGGAUUUAGGAAAACCUUUAGCACAAUUUAUAUUUAAUAGUAUUU